AAAAGUUACCCUCUCAAAACCUACUUUUACCUGCUGUAUUAAACACUACAUCGAACUGCUACAUACAGAAUCUCGAGCAGCUCGUUCCAGUAGAGAUAGUGGACGAACGUUUCUUCCGAGUUACUAGCGUGAGGAGAGUAAGUUAGAUAUCCCUGUUCUAAAGUAGAAGUAGUUAAGAACCACUCACUGACUGGAGUCACUAGCUUGAGGGGUAGCAGUUAGACACCCCCGGUAUUGAUACUGGACGUAACUCGGGUAUAGUGGCUAUUUCAGCAUCGCCACUUGAGACGGCCAAAUAGAGAAACAAAAAGGAUCUGGGGUUCGCCUGAUUUUCCCGCCCAAUGCAGAUCUUUAUUCGAUGGUAUAUUUUGUACACACGUAAAAAAUUAUGAUUUGAGCAAGGUUUUGGACUAAUUCUUAAAGGUAGUUUACAAUUGUGAAAAAUACAAAAUUUUUGUUCUGUUAUUUCAACUUAAUAAAUAUGAUACAGAAUGGAGGAUAAUUGAUGUACCUCAUAACUCAGUAUAUUACAUGAUAUGCCUCAUGUAAUAAAUGUAUAAUCUUGAGAGUUGACAAUGAUGCAUUCUUCAACUGCAACCAGAUCUAUACCAUCUAUUAGUAUAAGGGAUUUUAAUUUCAGUGCUAGAACCAUGGAACAUUCUAGAAUAUUUGCAAAUAAUAUAUCUUCUACGAUAGAAGAUAUUAGGCCAUUCAUAGAACAUGUACGUGUUCCAUCUGGGAUUACAUUAAGUUCAUUAUUAAACAUUCAAAGAGUUCAAAAUCCAUCAAGUACAAUACAUUCUUCAACUGAUAAUUUUAUAAUUAACGUUGAAGAUCCACCAACAAGUGGUACGCAUUUACAUGAUAGUUCUGAUCAUAGCAAUCAUCAUUACCAUCAAACAAGUGCUACAGAUAAUUUUUUAAAUAAUAUUCGUGAAGCUGCAAAUGAAGCUGUGGGUGAAAAUCGCAAUAAUAAUACUAACAUUGCCAUUAAUUACAAUAACAACAACAGCAACAACAACAACAACAACAACAACAACAACAUAGAGGAAAACUCUACGGAGACAAUACAAAUUAGUCCAGAAACACGUGCAUUAUACAAAGGAUUUCAAAAAUACAUUUUUUUCAUUUCUCUUCUUUUUGUCAAAGGUCUUUACGACCAUAAGGCUAGUGUAUUAAACUUUGUAGUAUUACUUGUCACAUUUAAUCAUGCUAAUAAUGUUGUGAAACGUGAAAUUGCAAAACAGCAUAAUAAAAGUUGGACUUCACUUUUAGUCAUCACAUGUUAUAUUAUUGCAUGUAUAGUUUUUAUUCAUUUUGAGUACGAUACACAUAUAUUCUUUUCUUAUACUCAGCCUCUUACAAUCUGGGAAUUAUUGUGGUCAAUUUUGAUAACAGAUUUUAUUCUGAAACUUAUUACUAUUAUUUGUAAAGUGUUUUUAACAUGCCUACCCUCCAGAUUUCUGGCUUUCCGGAAAAAAGGGAAAUAUUAUCUUAUGUUGGAAGCAACAUCUCAACUGUAUCGAUGUGUUGUACCUGUUCAACCGUGGCUAUAUUAUUUUUUUGAAGCGUAUCAAGGUCCAGAAAAAAUUAUUGGAGUUUUCAUCUCUGUAUUAUAUAUAGUCAGUAAAGGAACUGAUUUAUUAUCCUGUUUAAAGUUAUUUCAAACUGCUGCUUGCAAACUAUUUCAAAAUAUGAAUUUAGGAGUGUCACCAUCCAAAGAACAGUUGAUAGCAUCUGGAGGUGUUUGUGCAAUUUGUCAUGAAGAGUAUUCAAUGCCAGUGAAACUACACUGUAACCAUAUUUUCUGUGAAAUGUGUGUUUUAACCUGGUUAAAUAGAGAACGUUCAUGUCCGUUAUGUCGUGCAAUAAUCACAGAUGAUCCUAUCUAUCGAGACGGCCAUACAACUUAUUCUAUUCAGUUAUAUUGACUAUAAGUGUUAUAUCUUACAUGUAUUUGCUUAUUUUCUGUGCUUUAAAAAUUUGCAUUCAACAGUAAAUUUACUUGUAAAAUUUCUCUUCAGUUUAUAACAGUUUAGCUUUCAUUCUGUUUUUCUUUAUUAAUGUUUGCAAUAAGAUGAUUUUAUUGUUUAUAGGGUGUUCAAGAAAAUAAACAUUAAAUUUUCAGAUAUCAAUUAAAAAAAAUUUAACUGAAAUAUUGUAUAAAUGUUAUGAAUUUGUAAAAUAUUUUGUACAUAAUACUUAAGCAAUAGAUAUGUGUGUAUAAGAUAAAAUUUAUAUUUUAAAAUCGAAUUAUUUAACGUUAAGUUUUUAUUUAUGAAAAUAAUGUAAUCGAUUUACUAAGAUAAUAAACAAUUACAAAAUUUC